AUGGCCCUGUCUACUUCUAGCUGCUCUUUGUCCCCCGCCUCCUUGGUUUCCAAGAAGGGUUCAAGGGUGACCAUCACUUCGAGCUUUGUUUCGAUCUUCUCAAAUAUCAAGACUCUUUUAGCACCACCGACUCGGACUGAGAUAGUGCAUGUUGAGAGCUCUGCCGUCUCUAAAAUGGGAUGGGAUGUGCUACUGUAUUUCUUCCAGUGGGUGGGUGUGGAUCCUUCGUGGUCCUUAGCGAUGGUCUACCACGUUUACCCUGAGCUGACAGGAAUGGAAUGCCUUACCCGGGCUGCCGUCUACUUUUUUCUUUGCAUCGGGAUCAAAUGUUUGAUUAUGACUAUUGACGAUAUCCUCGACUAUGACAUUGAUGCGAACGUCGAGCGUACGAAGAACCGGGCUCUGCCAAGAGGUGCUAUCAGUAUCGAGCGAGUCUGGUUGUUCUUUGCUCUCCAAGUUGUGAUUGGUGUCUUUUCGGCAUACAAGUAUUCGUCCAUUCAGUCUGCGCAUUUCCAUUACUUUGCUCCCAUCCCUCUGAGCUUGAUGUUCAACAUUGACAUCUACAUGGGAUGGGCCGUUCUCGCACCUGACAGCCAAAUUCCCUACCACGCCCUCACUGCUGCAUACAUCGGUGCGACGAUGUGGACUAUCACAUAUGAGACUGUGUAUCAGCACCAGGACAAAGUGGACGACGUCAGGAUUGGCAUGAAGUCGCUCGCCAUCUUGUGUGGCAGAUACACCAUCUUCGUCUGCUCCGCUACCACUAUCGGCUUUGCAGGGUUGAUGGCCUGGGCUAGGUACCUCAACGAGCAGGGAGUUGCCUACUACGUCGCUGUGGUGCUUUCAGCCUCCGUUCUCCUGAAGGUGCUCCUUGUGAUGGAUAUCGACAAGCGAAGGGAAUGUAUGAGGUUUUUCUUGCACACACCGACCUUUGGCAAUCUUAUACUCACCGGUUUAAUAGUCGACGUUGUUGUUCAGCGAGCAGUUGAAGGAAUUUCUCUGUAAACCAUUACAUACGAAUGUACUAUUAACUUAACUACAUGUACUCGCCCCCAGGGCUACAAGCUAUCCUCUAAACCGUCCUGCAAAAUUGUGUUCUCCGGCUCGUACAAUUGAAUUCAGAUGUAAUAGUAGUAAUACUUACUACGAAUCGCAAAUCUGGAACGGCCUUGAGUCGGAUUCACCUAGGGGUAGCCGCGCGUCUUCCUAUGAUCUCAGACAUGAAAGAAAAACAGAAUUUCGAGUAUCUACCGAGCGAAGCCAGAGAGAUAAGUAUCAAUGCAUAGUCACU